GCCGGGGCCAGUGUGUAUCGAGAUCUCAAAGCAAGUCGUAUUACCCCUGUCUGUACUCGCGCGACGUGCACAAAUGGCGUGCUGUGAAGUGUGAUUUUAUUCUUUUUUCUUUCACUCUUUGAUAUAUAUUUUGAGUGUUUAUACCCUAUUAGCUUCCAUUGCACAUGUUCCUUUGCUCCGGGUUUUCUCCGUCGCCGUCGUUGUCGGUUCCGUAAAAGCACAACAUUGCCGGAGAAAGAGCACCGCGUAUCUUGUUGAUGUUGUUUUGUUAUAGUUGUUAUUGCCUUGUGGACUGUUAUUCUUUUUCGGCGGUUGCAAGCGUGUAGUGGUUACGAUACGAUACAUCACCAGUCAGGAAUAUAGUAAUCAAUUUAAUCCGGCUGGUAUUACGGGAAUUUUGGCCCGGUCGGGUGAGAAGUUCGAUUAAGGGAUUACGGUGUCGCCUGCUCAAAUCAAAAUGGAUACCUUCGUGAAAAAUUUGCUGAAUGGAUGGAAUAUGCCAGAGCUGAUCAAAGUGUUUCAAGAGGAGGAAAUCGAUGAAGGUGCGUUCAAGUGUCUGAAAUACGACAUGAUUAAGGAGAUAAUCCCGAAGGUGGGCAAGCGGGCCAAGUUCAUCCAGAAGUACGAGGAAUACCGGGAGAGUCUAACGGAUCGGCCAGCUUUCGGCGAACUGGAGCUGGAUGAGAAGGAAAAAAAUCCGAUCGCCAAAAAACCAAGUUCCAUCAAUUGGUCCCGCAUUGAACGGGUUUGCGGUCCGGUGCCGAUAUACCUGAAGAACUUGCUGAAAAUGUGCGGCUACGAGCAGGAGAGCAGUUUGCGAAGUCUCAACGAUGACGAUUUCGUGGACAUGGAACGCUUCGCACGGGAAGAGCUGGUCCACUUGGUGCCACCGACCCAGUUCUAUUUCCACAUAUUCUGCAGUGACCCGGCACGGGAAUUCCGGCUCGUUCCUGGCCACCGGAAGUUGCUGAUCCAAAUGAGUGCCUACCUAAACUACACCAAUGCAGCCAAUGAACUGCAGCGUGCGGAACCGAUGCUCAACAACCAUCAUGGGCAUCACGUGCCGAACCAUCAUCAAGCUCAGCAACAACACCACCACCAGGCAGCACAGCAAGCACUUCAUCAACCUCCAAGGAUGGUUGAACGACCUCUGCCACCGGUGGAAAAGGUCGAACGACCCGACCGAAUAGCUGACAUCAACUUGGUCCGAGAAAUCCGUGAACAACGUGCUCUUAUGCAUCAACUUCAGCUACAGCAAGCUCAACACCAGCAGGAGCUUAUCAAUCAGCAGCCCGAUCUGCUGCCAGAAAUGUUGGCCGACAUUAAACCGGCCUCGAACAAAAAUCCACCAUUUGCCUUCGAACAGGCCACCAUGUUUCCGCCUCUCAGCGACGAAGCUCGCAUCAAGAAAAUACAGAACAUCAUCAUCAAGCUGAUCGAAAUGUGGAGUGAGAAACAACCGAUCAAGCUACAGCUGACCGAGGAGAUGAUCAAUGUGACGUACGAACUAAACGGCUACAACGCCUUCAUCAAGUGUCCCAUGUGUGCGGUUCAGAUUAAAGUGUCGAAACUGCCGACCAAGAAGGGCGAUCGUUUCGUGAUCUCAAACUUUUCGAAGCACGUCAUCAAGAUGCACUUCACCCAACAGCAGCAACAACAACAGCAACUGCUGAACGAGAGCAGCCGGUCCAGUUUGGAAAACUCGGGCUUCUUCAACGGGGAAAACUCCGACAGCAAUAACAUUUCGUUCGAAGAAUUCGCCUCCAAGCGGCCGCGCAUGGAGGACGAAGAAGAUGACGAUUCGGAAAUCUUGCCUCAGAUUCUACAUCCCUACGUUAGUAUAAAAGAUGAAGUUAUCGACCUAGACUCGUGAGCCGUUUGGUUCCCAAAUGGUGUGUAUAGCUCUCAAGUAUUUGCGUUACAUGACAGCAUAGUAAAAUGUUGUUAUUUUUUUUUCUUCUAAAGUUUUGAAACAACUACAAACCGUUGUACUGAAAUUAUACACGUGAGAAUAGCUAGGCUUAAUAAUGAAUGGAAAUCGAGAAUAUAGAACAAGAGAGAGAGAUGAACACGACUCAGUAGGUUUAGUUGCAUUAUUUAAAUAUUAUAUUUACUGAAACACACAGAAAAACCUUAAACACAAAGAUACGAAAUUCAUCAUUACUUAGCUUUGUUUGAGUAUUGAAGCCGUAAAUUCAUCAGAAAAAAGACUCGAAAUAUCGAAACAUUGUCUCUAUCUAAUAGAAGUAAUUUAGUUCACUGUUUGUGCUGUGUAAAUAGGCUGAUAGAUUUAUAUUGGUAUACUUAUAUGCUAAGUAGAAAAGCGAAUGAGAUCUACCCUACACAUUUCCAUUUUUUUCUCAUCUUCCAUUAAGGCGCAACACAAAAAUAUAACAAAGUGCACCAUUUCAUGUAAUGAAAAAAAAAACUUUGUUGAUGUUUUAUUUUUUAAACAUUCCCAAACGUCCGAGGAUUUCACCA